AUGCUCAAAUCCCAAGAGUCACCAUCCGGUGUCCGGUGGAAGCAGCCCGAAGCCGCUGUCCUGCAGCCGAAGCUGCCCGAGGCCGCUGUCCAGCGGCCGAAGCAGCCUGAGGCCGCUGUCCAGCAGUCCAAGCUGCCCGAGGCCGCCGUCCGACCGAAGCUGCCCGAGGCCGCUGUCCAGCAGUCCAAGCUGCCCAAGGCCGCUGUCCAGCAGUCCAAGCUGCCCGAGGCCGCUGUCCAGCAGCCCAAGCUGCCCGAGGCCGCUGUCCAGCAGCCCAAGCUGCCCGAGGCCGCUGUCCAGCAGUCCAAGCUGCCCGAGGCCGCUGUCCAGCAGUCCAAGCUGCCCGAGGCCGCUGUCCAGCAGCCCAAGCUGCCUGAGGCCGCUGUCCAGCAGUCCAAGCUGCCCAAGGCCGCUGUCCAGCAGCCCAAGCUGCCCGAGGCCGCUGUCCAGCAGCCCAAGCUGCCCGAGGCCGCUGUCCAGCAGCCCAAGCUGCCUGAGGCCGCUGUCCAGCAGUCCAAGCUGCCCGACGCCGCCGUCCGGCCGAAGCGGCCUGAGGCCGCUGUCCAGCAGCCCAAGCAGUCCGAGGCAACUGUCAGGCCCACAGAGACCCCGUCCACCACCAAGGGUCAUGAUAUGGAAUCACCUCUGAGAGACUCCUCUGUGGAGAUAGAGGGUUGGGUACGUCUGUGGGAAAACCCCAAUGGCAUCCCACCUGCUGACAUUUCCUGGCUCAAAGAGGACCCAGAAAGAGGGCUGUUCACCCCCGUUCAACUCUACAAGGACAUCACUGGUCUGUUGAAGAGGCGACGGGUGUUGAAAUCUGACCGCAUGUGGUUUUACCCACCAGAACCUCCUGGCUAUGUUGGAGGUGCUCUGCCAACUCCACAGCUCUUUUUUCGGAGCCGCGUCUUUGUGUGGCGCCCCGUUGGAGUGUGGAGGUACUCCCUGAAGUGUCCUCGAGGUGAUGACUGUGCUGGUAGAGGACGGAAUGUGCACCUCUACAAGUCUGGCUACCACACCCGGGUACGUCACAUCUGUGAUAUGUCCAGCUGGUACUCAAUGCUCACAGAGGUCCUGGGCUGUGGGCCAUGUAUAAAGGCAGCCAGGAGCGGAGAAGGUGGAACGGUGGGCCGGUGGAUGGCGUGGGAUCCCGCUAUUUUAUCGCAACUUAGCGAGGCUCAUCAAGCUAUGUUCCCUGCCAUCCUCACCAGCAAGCGUGGCGUGGAUAAGAAUGUUGUGCGCCUUCUGAGGGACCGGACCGAAGGGAACACAAUGGUCAAGGUGUGGCGUCAGAUACAGGAGAAUCACGUUGAGGAGUACCUUCACCGUAAGGACCUGUACACCACACUCCUCAUGACCGUAGCGGAGCCCGGCGGGAUCGUCUCUGCAUUCAGUCACACAUUCCAGGCUCCACCUCCUCAAAGAGAGCUUCCCUCUGCACGGCUCCUGCGCCACGCCUUCCUGCUGUCAGAAGCCAACAAUGUGCAGGAUUACCGGAACCAGAUCCUCUCCACCUUUGGCACUGUGCUGAAAAUGGAUUCCACCAAGAAAGUGGUGAAGAAGCUGUCUGGGGAGGGUCAUGGCUCAGCUGAGUGGUUCACCAGCAUCGGGAACGAGCACUCACAAAUAGUUUCAUUUGUGCUGACCUGUGAGGAGUCCACUCAGAAGCUGGAACCGAUGUGCCGUGGAGUCAUGGAAAGGUUCCGGCUGGCCAAUCAAUCUGUCCCCAAGAUCUUGUAUGUGGACAGGGGAUGUUGCCGUGCACAGGGCCCAACAUCAGUGGAGACUUUGUUCCGGCCUUGGGUGGACAAUGGGAUGGUUGUGCGUCUGGACAUCUUCCACUGGAUCCACCGGUUUGACGCAGCCAUACGCACAGAGUCUCACUGCAAGUACGCUGUGUUCAAGUCUGCUCUAGCUGGGGCAGUGCUGGCCUACAACCGCACAGACCUGGAGCUGCUCAUCAAGGCAGUCAGAGCCAAGGAUCCGGCAACGAUGAAGUCGGUCUCAGACAAAGACGUUAUCCGCCUCUACAUUUCCAGGGAGCAGCUCAAACACCAUGUGCGGAGGGUCACACUUGGGGCUCAGGAAACCUUCCGGCUCAUCCAGCAGGCCAUCGAGGAGCUGAAAGGUCCCGCCGGGCUGGACGAGAGUGGAGUGAGCUUGUUCAAAUCACCUGAGGCCAUUGAUGAGAUGUGGGCAGGCCAGCAGAGACACCUGGAGUGCAUCCAGGAUCCACCAGACAUGAAUAUGUAUCGGGUGGCGCGUACCACAACCAUCAACAAUGUGGACGUGCCCUACUACAAAGGUCUGCGUGGAAGCAACAGCCUGGAAGGAUUCCACAAAUCUCUGCCGCACAUGAUUCCGGGUCCCCACUGUGCAGCACGGCCCUAUCAGGUUUACCUGAUAAGUGGCAUUGCACGGUGGAACUCCGACAGGAGCUCAGAUGCCGUGUUUGGUGGCAAAGGACGGCACCACAGGACCUACUCUGCCCCGCUGAUUGACCGCCUCAACACCCGUUGUCGGCGGCUGUUCGGAGAGGCAGUGGAGGAGAAUUUCCGGGCCCCUGCUGAUGUCCCUUCCAACGAGCUGCUCGGGUUGGAGUACCUGUUCAGCCAGAGCACGGGUCAAUCUGGAACCUUCUCUCUUCGGGACUUGGUCAACGAUGGACCUGAUCCAGAUGAGGAGGUGGUUCAGCCUGGGCAGCCCGAUCCAGAUCCCGAGGCAGACGAGGCGUACCAGAGCGAUGUGGAGGCACAUGACAACGUGCUGGAUGCCAUCGUGCCCCACAUUACACUCACCAGCGAAGAAACCUCCACUGUUCAACCUCCGGCCUUUGAGGAUGCCUGCAGUCCAAACCCUCUUCCUGGCUUUCAGAAGUUGGAAAAGUUCUGCUCUGUGUUGGUGGACAUUGGCCUGACAGAGGACAAGCUGUCCCUUUCCACUGAGCAGAGGAACAAGGUCCUGGAAGUCUGGAAUGCAGUGGAGGAGCAUGACAAGCAGCCGCAGCAGUUCAAUCAGCUCUACAGAACACACUGGGGCAACACCCUCUACUGCCGCACAAAGAGGGAUGAUCUUGUUGAUGCUGCUGUGAUACAGAGGGUAAAGAUGGCCAAGCGCUACGCACCAGCACAACAGGACAUCAGUGCUCAGCACAACAGGCUGAUGUACACGCUGGUGAAACUGUUGUGGUUGCGCUCACCUCAAGGGUCUCGCAUCAGUCCUGAAAAGGCUACCAUAUUGAAGGCCUACGAGAGAAUCCAGCAUCGGAUUUUGGUGGAGGAUCAAGUCCUGUGCAAAGCAGGCAUUCCUCUGCCAAAAAUCAACAUCAAGACAGUGCGGGACUUCAUCCGUUGUCAAGAGCGCCUCCUCAACCUGCGUGCCACAAAACAGCCCACCGGCCUCAUCACAAAGCUCACCUCCAUCUCAUCUGCAGACCUCCCUCCAGCACCACACCAGCCAGCCAUCCUCGCUCCACCAGACUACCCUCUGAUGGAGUAUGUGCCCACACCCAGCACGGCAGGGACAAAGGUGCUAAAGGGAAGGACGGACAUGAUCGUGCCACUCUCCCGGCCUCAACCACCACUGCCACCUGUGCUGUUGCCACCGCCGGUCAGAAAAACCCCUGCCACCUCUACCAUUACCAGACCUGUGCCCUCCCUCUCUGCAUCCACAGCAACCGCAGGCAUUGCUGGCCCAUCCACACGGCCCAUAAUGCCUGCUGGUCUGACGACAUCAGUUCGUCCAGCUCCGUCAAUAAUGCCUGCUGGUCCUACUACAUCAACUGCUGCUGCUGCACAUGACUGCCGUCCUUCAUCCUGGUCGAGAUCUGCGCAGUACAAGCGUAAGGGGAAGGAGCAGCCCAUAGGACUAGCAGAGAAAAUGUCACGGGUGCAAAAUUUCCCUGUCUGUGCAUGCUGUGGCCAACCAACACAGGGACAUAAAAAGUACAAAAAAAAGACUUUCUGCCCUGUAAAACUGAUGUCCACAUCGAAAGGUCUGGACAACAGAGUGUACGACAGCUACGAACACUUCACCUCUGUUGUGGACAAGUUAUGAUAACCUGUAAAUAUGCUGUAUAUAUCUGUAAAUAUGUAUUGUAAAUAGUCUUUUAAACUGUACUGUUGUGUUGUUGCCAGCAAUUUGUCUAAUCGGACAAACUACUAUAGUUUUCAUUUUCAUGUAUAUAUUUAUGUUCAUAUUGUUAUGGCAUUUCAUUCUUAGUCAUGUUCAGUGAUACUUUAUUUUCUGCACUAUACUUUACUUACUUAGUCCUUGUUGUGCCUGGUGGCACACAGGGCAAGGACUAAGGAUCUCCACUCAUCUCUGUUGUUUGCUUUCUUCUCAAUGCUGUUCCAGCUGUAUCCUCUCGUCUUCAUUUCUCCUUCGAUGGUUCGCCUCCAGGUUGUUUUGGGCCUCCC